AUGUAUAGCGACAAUGGUCGAAACUUCGUCGGUGCAGCAAACGAACUCCGCCAGCUCGUUCGUAGCGAAUCACAUCAAAAGGCAAUCGCUCAAGAAUGUACCAACAAUAGUAUACGCUGGCAUUUCAAUCCGCCCAAAGCCUCACACUUUGGUGGCCUGUGGGAGGCCGCAAUAGCAUCAGCGCAGAAGCACUUUGUGCGAGUUCUAGGUACACACACGCUCGCUUAUGAUUCGAUGGAAACAUUGCUGACGCAAAUUGAGUGCUGCCUGAAUUCUCGCCCGCUCGUGGCCCUCGCCGACGAUCCGUCUGACUUAGAGGCACUCACACCAGGUCAUUUUCUGACUGGUUCUGCCCUAAAAGCCGUUCCAGACAUUGAUGUAGCCGAAAUUCCGUUCAACCGACUUCGACAAUGGCAACAAACUCAAAAAUUAUUCCAGCAGGUAUGGAGGAGGUGGCAUCUGGAAUACCUGUCGACACUGCAAUCGCGAACUAAAUGGUGCAAACCGCCUAUCAGCAUCGAAAAGGGACAGCUGGCGAUCAUAAAGGAUGAUAAUUCACCACCGAUGAAUUGGCCAACCGGAAAAAUUAUUGAAACCCAUCCGGGCGACGACGGAACAACUCGAGUAGUCACGCUACAAACUCCGAGUGGUCGAUAUACUCGGCCUAUUUCAAAAAUAUGCCUGCUCCCGAUAGCGUCUGCAGAAGAGAAGACAUCAUCCAUUUGUCGCAUUGUGCAUCUCCAUUGCUCAUGA